GGCCCUGUAAUGUUCUCUGUCCCCCUAACACGAAUGACCUACUGAGAUGCUGUGGAACGAAAAGCAGCCGCGUUAGUGACCGGCGCCAUGAAAAUGCAACGCUGGCCCGGACCGGAGUCUCUUUAAAGGCUGAGGGGCCGGUGCAUCCCGGGAGUUGUAGUCCGGAAGCGCGCGGAGGCCUGGGCGCCUGGAGCCCCCGCGGCGGGGGCGGAGACUACAGCUCCCAGCGUGCCGCGCGGCGCCAGGUCGCCGCCGCGAUUUCGGGACCGGAGAGGAUCCCCAGCGUCCCUCGUCCCUCGGGCGGCGUCAAGGGCACUAACUCACCGGGCGGGCUGCAGGGAGAACCCCCCGUCCGGUCUCACCCUCCGGGAUCCAGGAGCGGACGCACUCACCUGGUACAGGCCCUUUGCAGAUGGAUUCGAACCCGGGACCAUCCGCCUCGAUGCGCGCUAGGCUGCCGGACGGCUCUUCGGGCCAGGAAGGAGUUGCUUCUGAACCCCGUACUGUACCGGAUCCCCUUUGUGUGGUCGUGUGCCGAUCCCCUCUCCCCGGAAGGGGGGAACAUCCUCCUGCUUUUACGCUGCCGAGCUCUUUCACCCGUCUACCCGGGAGAGAAAGGGCAGUCACUUCCUGACCGGGCCAUCAGGGUAUCUAACGGAGAAUUCAUCCUCCGCACCUUUGGAAUCACUGGGGUGGUUGGAGCCGCGGAAAUGGGCCGUUCAGCCCAUCCAGUCUGUGCUAGACCAUUUAAACUGCCUAGACCCCCACACACAAAUAGAGUACACAGUUGACGUUUCGGGCCGAGAGCCUUUGGCAGAUCCUGCCGAAAGGGGUAGAAACAUCGACUGUACUCUCUUUUCUUCCCUCCUCCCCCAGACGCUGCCCGGCCUGCUGAGUUCCUCCUGCAUUUUGUGUGUGUGUGUCUGUGUGUAUGUGUGUGAGUCUGUGUGUGUGUGUGUGUGUGUGUGUGUGUGUCUGUGUGUGUGUGUGUGUGUGUGUGUGUGUCUGUGUGUGUGUGUGUGUGUGUGUGUGUCUGUGUGUGUGUGUGUGUGUGUGUGUGUGUGUCUGUGUCUGUGUGUAUGUGUGUGAGUCUGUGUGUGUGUGUGUGUGUCUGUGUGUGUGUGUGUGUGUGUGUCUGUGUGUGUGUGUGUGUUUGUGUGUGUGUGUGUGUUUGUGUGUGUGUCUGUGUCUGUGUGUGUGUUUGUGUGUGUGUGUCUGUGUGUGUGUGUGUGUCUGUGUGUCUGUGUGUGUGUGUGUCUGUGUGUGUGUGUGUCUGUGUGUGUCUGUGUGUAUGUGUGUGAGUCUGUGUGUGUUUGUGUGUGUGUCUGUGUGUGUGUGUGUGAGUCUGUGUGUGUUUGUGUGUGUGUCUGUGUCUGUGUGUCUGUGUGUGUGUGUGUGUGUCUGUGUGUGUGUGUGUGUGUGUUUGUGUCUGUGUCUGUGUCUGUGUGUCUGUGUGUGUGUGUGUGUCUGUGUGUGUGUGUGUGUGUGUCUGUGUGUGUGUCUGUGUGUGUGUGUGUGUCUGUGUGUCUGUGUGUGUCUCUGUGUG